GAAAAUGAGUUAAUUUUCUUCAUGUAGUUAGAAACCUUUCUUUUUCAUAGGUAACAUGGUCAUUAUUUGGAGUUAGUUUGAGAACAAGAGAUAACACCCCAGCACAGAGCUAAUAUUUUUAAUUGCUCAGGUCUGAGAGCCAGGGGCAUUCUGAGUGCUCUGCCAACAGGUGUGAGGCAUUGAAGAAGGGGAGCAUGGAUGGGGCAGAGCUUGACUGACAUCCAGGCUGAUCAAUAAGAGUAUUCCGUCCCAUUAGCAUCAUGCUUCAUUUUUAAGGAGAGUUGGGAUCUGCUGGUCUCUCUCUCGGGUGCUUUCUCUCUCGUGCGUUCUUCUUCAUUCUUUUUGUCCAAGCUGGGGGGAGUUCAGUUUGGCAUGUUUAGUUCAGCCUUUUGCCAUUUUGCAGAGGCCUCUGGGCCUUUCUGCCUUUUUUCCUUUUUUUCUCUCUUCAGGAUCGGCUGUUGGGACCAGGUGCUGCUUCCUGGGACUGGCUGCUUGGUGUGGAUGGAGUUUGUGAGGAAUUGCCUUGAGUAUCUUUUAUUUUAUAUUCUGUUUCUAAUUUGUAUAUAAAUUUACUAGUAGUUUAUUAGUAUUUUGUUAUUUGAUUAAACUGUGUUUAUCUCAAUCCAAGUUUCUCCCUUCCCUUUCCAUUCUCUCCCCUAUUUGGGGGGGAUGUGGGAUGGGGAGGGUGUUGAACUUAGUAGUAAGUAUGGACUUGGACUUCUAAACAGAAUUUUUAUAAUAUAAUUUUUAUAAUAUAUUCAUAAGAAUGACAGUUCUUGACAGGUAGCAAAUCAUUAACUGUGUCACAUGGUUACCAUGUGAUUUUAGUUUCAGUUUGUGUUAUAUCAGUAAGCCCUUUAACUUUUCUUGGGCUUUUUCAGGUCUUGUAAGGGUAUGGAUGGGAAACCUGUGAAUAUAUGUGCAAAUCUACAUUUUUUUAAGCUGAAAAUUUUCUAUCCAUGGCCAGUAUUAAGGUUACCAUGAGCAAAAUGUAAACCCUGUUUCUUACCAGCCAGUCCAAGGCUUUUUCAAGACUAGAUUCGUUGUUCAAGAUAAUUAUGAGACUGUGAGCAAGCUGACAUGCUUGAAAAUGUGUGGCUCCUCAUUUAUCUCAGCUUAUCUGUUGGGUUCCCAUACCACCACAAUGUCUGAUAGAUCUGCAGAUUGCUGGCAUGACAGCAGUUUGAACAGUAUCUGUGUCAGAAGUAGAAGUCAGCUGGCUCACGGCUACUCUUCAUGCUGUUGUUUUAGAGGAGUCUGGACAUAGCCUGUAAAACUUCCGUUCUUUUGAGGGGUAAUGUGAUAAUCACAGAAUCACAGAAUGUUAGGGAUUGGAAGGGACCUCAAAAGAUCAUCUAAUCCAAUCCGCCUGCCGGAGCAGGAACACCUAGAUGAGGUAAUUCCUCUUUGCAAAGUGCCCAAAUAUGAAACGAUAAGGAGGCUGUAAAGAGGGACACAUCCCAUUACCCUAUUUAUUCAGUUCAGGCACAAAAUUAGAGGCUACUCCUUGUCAGUCAAGUGUCUAAUACAGUAUCACUCAUUAAAUAUGAACCUUGAUAUACUGCCUACUUUGGCAAUGAAUUGCCUACCCGAAGAAAUUUCUGUUUGUAUCCAGUUAUUGACUUAACUUUUACUGUUGGGUUCCCUGCAACAAACAAAUAGUGAACCUGUUUGGGGUUUUGGAUUUUUAAAAAAAUCUGUUCUAAAAGCCAUGUGUAAUGUUCUUGUCACAAAAAAAAAAGCAUACAGUUUGACGAAGGUGGUACCUCAAGUUGCAGAAUGACAUGAUGUUCUUACACAGAGUAAAUACAGUUUUCUUUGGAAUUUUCUUGAGUGAGCCCUAGUAAUAAACUAUCAAGUUGUUUUGCACACGGGUUUUCAGUUAUGAAACACUUGUAAACAUUAAGUUCAGUUUAUGCUGGACUUUGUACUGAAGUCCACUUCCCUGAAUCUGACUGUGAAUUAGAUAUAAAUUGCAUUAGUGAUCUGAAAGACAUUAGUGGUAUUUUUUUUGGAGAGGAGAGGAUAGGAAAGAACAGUGAAAGGAUUCCAGCUGUCUCAGCUGUAGGAUUACCUGAUCUUUCUGACCUGUUUGGGGCCGGGGAAUGAAACCUAAGUAUGAGAUAAAGCAAGAGGCUAGAAAUAUCUAAGGUGUAGAUUAACAAAAAAGAAAAAAAAAGAAAAAAAAAGAAAAAAAAAAGAAAAAAAAAACAAAACAAACAAAAACGUUUAGAAACCCAGCACCCUUUUAUGCUGUUACAUUCCCACUUGUCUUCAUUAGGAAAUGAAGAGCUUAAGUUCUCUUUUUCUGCAGUUGUACUUGGGUAGACUAGGCCAGUCAACACAAGUGAAGAAUAGUCAUUACCUUUGUUCAUAAGAUAUUAACCAAUUGUUUCACUUCAUUCCUCUGUGGCAGCGUGCCUAAAUUCACAAAAAUCCACAGGAAACUUGCCUCUGCACAGCCUGCCCCUGCCCCAGGUUCCCUGGCACAGCUGUUUCUCGUGUAUUCUCUGCUGCUGCUUGGUGGUGGCACCAGCCCAAACCCAGUUCUUUGGUGUGUCCUGCAUACUAUCCUUUGAGAUUGCUGCCAGCAGCUUUUUCUCAGAUAAGCAAAUGAAAUAAGGGACUUUGUCAUUUUAAUGUUUAUAGCUUUGCAGAGGUGGAAAUGAAUCAGACAGAGUGAACUACCUUAUAGCUUUUCUGUUUCACCUGACGAAUACCACAGUUCUACAGAGGAAAGUUGUCUAAGGACUACUCAAAGAGGUCACAAGGAUCCUUGCAAUUUUAAUCAAUGGACCAGUAAUGAAGAAUGACUCCACCAGUUAGGCAAUUUACCAUUAUCUUUUCCAGAAUAGACGUGUAUCAGUGAAGUUAAUUAAUAUUUAAAUCAAGAAUACAGAAAAAAGCAAAUCCCUUUGCCAUAACAAGAAUGUGUAGCUCAACUUUCUUUUGUAUAAAGCACUAUGAACAGGUGAUAUCAUCAGGAAAAAGACUCCAUUGUAGGAAAGUAUUUAGACUAAUUUGGACUUUCCUUUACAUGAAGUGAGGAGAGAAUGACAACAGUGACAGUCUAAUGCAUGAUGAAGUUUACUAAGCAGGAUUUUAUUUUUUUAGUUGGUGGAAUUAUAAUUUAUGUAGUUGACAUUGGAGUGGACUUCUGGGUAGCUAGUAAAUAUUUCUGUCAAGGACAAUAUUCUUGGAGUAUAUUAAUAUUGAGUUUUAGAGGUCUUUCAUCAUUAAUAACUCAGGUAUUCAGUUACGAGUGGUUUAAAAAUGAUUGGGAAGGUACUGAUACUGGGAAGCUGAAAUGGAUUUUUCUAGUUCAUCUCUUUCAGUGUGGAAUUUUUAUAAGGUAUUGGUUUGCUUUGAAGUAUGGCUGCCAAGCUGCAUUUAAACAAAACAGUGGUGGAGAUGCAUCAGAAACAGACCCUCCCAACUUCAUUCAAAAACAAGUCAUUGAUGUAGUGACUGAUAUUAACAUGCUCAGAGUAUUCAAGACAUUUCUUGAGACUACGCCACAGCUUUUUGUCCAGAUUUACAUCCUCAUGGAACACAGCAAAAAUAAUUUCUGUCAAUAUGCUGCCAUUUUUAUGUCUUUUUGUGGUAUCUCCAUUUCAACGGUUGAUUAUCAGGUAUCAUUACGAAAAUCUCUGCCUGAUAAAGAUGAAUUUCAUGUGCUUUCCAAGUUAGUGUAUCUCUUGUAUAAACUGUUUACCAUCACUUCUUGGAUACUCAGUAUUUCACUGAUCACUCUACUAAGUGUUAGAACUUCUGUAAUUCUGCUGAUAUUUCUUUGGAUCUGUGGCUUCACCUGGACUUUGAAACAACAUACGACAUUUUGCAAAUCUAUGAAGAUGGAAUAUCUGUACAGAACUGUUGUUGGAAUAAUUCUAAUUUUUACGUUUUUUAACAUAAAGGGGAGAAAAACAAACUGUUGCAUUUCUAUUUAUUAUGCCACUCACACUGUUGUAACACUAGGUAUUUUGCUUGUGUAUAUGUUUUGGAAACCUUCUGUUAUUAAGGGAAUAGAUUUUAUCAUUGUGAGUAUCUUAACUGUUCUUAGUCUGGUGUUAGGCAUUAUUUUUCUUGCUGUUUAUUAUAGACGUUUUCAUCCCACUGCUUAUUGCAGGCCACAGGCAUGCUCGGAUGAAGUUGAUGGAGAGGCAGAGCAAAAAGAUAGAGUGAAAACCAGUAGAUUUCAAAAUUUCGUAAUGCAAUGAACAGUAUAGAUUUGUGUGUGUGUAUGUGUGUGUACUUCAAAGCAAAUACCUGUUGGACAGUCUCUCUGCCCUUGUUUCUUGUGUAUUGUCAUUGAGUACUACAUAACGGACUGAAGUUAUUUCCUCUAAAUAACUAUUGUUUUCUGUGAUGCUGUACAAAGCCUUUAUAACAUGAAACUCUGUGCGAGUCAAAGUUAAUUUUGAAAAAGAAGCAAUUUAAUCUAUCCAUCCAACACAAUUUGCUGUUUUAGUUAUUAGCAAUGCAAAUAAAAUAUAAGAAAAGCUAAAAGUUAAUAAGAUGAAA